AAGCGGGCUUCCCGCCCCGCCCAGACCGCCGAGGCUGCCGCCGGAGUCGCCACCACCGCGCCCUCGCCCACCCGCCCGUCCGCCGCUCCCGGCCCCGCUCGCCCCCGCCGCCGCCGCCGCUCGCCUUGCGACGCCGCCGCGGCCUCCCGCCCGCGCCCGCCCGCUCCCGCGGCCCCCGCUCGCCUCGCGCCGGCAGUUCGGGGCCUACUCCUCCCCUCCCCCGCCAGCCGCCCAGGACUUGACCACGUAACGAGCCCAACUCCCGAACGCCGCCCGCCGCUCGCCAUGGACGCCGGUGUGACCGAAAGCGGACUCAACGUGACUCUCACCAUUCGGCUGCUGAUGCACGGAAAGGAAGUGGGCAGCAUCAUCGGGAAGAAAGGGGAGUCGGUGAAGAGGAUCCGCGAGGAGAGCGGCGCGCGGAUCAACAUCUCGGAGGGGAACUGCCCGGAGAGAAUCAUCACGCUGACCGGGCCCACCAAUGCCAUCUUUAAGGCCUUCGCCAUGAUCAUCGACAAGCUGGAGGAAGAUAUCAACAGCUCCAUGACCAACAGUACGGCGGCCAGCAGGCCCCCGGUCACCCUGAGGCUGGUGGUGCCCGCCACCCAGUGUGGCUCCCUGAUCGGCAAGGGCGGCUGCAAGAUCAAGGAGAUCCGCGAGAGCACGGGGGCCCAGGUCCAGGUGGCGGGGGAUAUGCUGCCCAACUCGACCGAGCGGGCCAUCACUAUCGCCGGCGUGCCGCAGUCGGUCACCGAGUGUGUCAAGCAGAUCUGCCUGGUCAUGCUGGAGACGCUCUCCCAGUCUCCGCAGGGGAGAGUCAUGACCAUCCCGUACCAGCCCAUGCCGGCCAGCUCGCCCGUCAUCUGCGCGGGCGGCCAGGAUCGCUGCAGCGACGCGGCGGGCUACCCCCACGCCACCCACGACCUGGAGGGACCCCCUCUAGACGCCUACUCGAUUCAAGGACAACACACCAUUUCUCCGCUCGAUCUGGCCAAGCUGAACCAGGUGGCAAGACAACAGUCUCACUUUGCCAUGAUGCACGGCGGGACGGGAUUCGCCGGAAUUGACUCCAGCUCUCCAGAGGUGAAAGGCUAUUGGGCAAGUUUGGAUGCAUCUACUCAAACCACCCAUGAACUCACCAUUCCAAAUAACUUAAUCGGCUGCAUAAUCGGGCGCCAAGGCGCCAACAUCAAUGAGAUCCGCCAGAUGUCCGGGGCCCAGAUCAAAAUUGCCAACCCAGUGGAAGGCUCUUCUGGAAGGCAGGUCACUAUCACUGGCUCGGCUGCCAGUAUUAGCCUGGCCCAGUAUCUAAUCAAUGCCAGGCUUUCCUCUGAGAAGGGCAUGGGGUGCAGCUAGAACAGUGUAGGUUCGCUCGUAACCCCCUUCUGCUGUUUUCCCAUGAUCCAACUGUGUAAUUUCUGGUCAGUGAUUCCAGGUUUUAAAUAAUUUGUAAGUGUUCAGUUUCUACACUUUAUCAUCCGCUAAGAAUUUAAAAAAGAAAAUCACAUUCUCUGUUCAGCUGUUAAUGCUGGGAUCCAUAUUUAGUUUUAUAAGCUUUUCCCUGUUUUUAGUUUUGUUUGGGUUUUUUGGCUCAUGGAUUUUAUUUCUGUUUGUCGAUGAGAAAUGUAAGAGUGGAAUGUUAAUAAAUUUCAGUUUAGUUCUGUAAUGUCAAGAAUUUAAGAAUUAAAAAAUGGAUUGGUUAAAAACGCUUCGUAUUUGAACAAGCUGGGAAUUGCUAUCUUAAA